AUGCCUGAUGAAAUGCCUCUGGAGAUAAAGCAUGCCUCUAAUUUGCCUGAGAUCAAACUCCAGAGUGGGGAAAAUCUCAGACAACAUGAUAAGAUGCACACUUGUGAGCAGUCUUUUGAACCCAGUGGGAAAGAAAAAACUUUCAGCAGGAAGAAGAUAUUCCUUGUGAGUGAGACAGCUUACACCACCGAUGCAUGUAAUAAGCAACCUGUCAAUGUGGGAGAGUCUGUUCAGGUUAAAGAGAAAAUGUUAAGUAACAAUCCUGACUUUGACAAUCAUCAACAAACACAAUCAGGAGAGAAAUCCCAUGAGCAUUUCCUGAGUGAGAAAUCACUUAUUUGUAAAGAAGAUGUCAAAGUCAAUGAGAUAACCCAAACAGCAAAAAGUUGUUAUAUAUGUGGUUACUGUAAAAAGCCUUUUAACUUUAAAUCUUGUAUUAAUAGUAAACAUAGAGGUGAAAGGGGAGCAAAUUUGAAUGUGUGCAAUGAAUGUAAAGAAAACAUUGACUGGAAGUCAGAACUCACGGGAGAUCAAAUCCUUGACACUGCAGAGAAGCCAUAUGAAUGUAAUGAGCAUGGAAAAGCCUUUCACCAGCAAUUAUCUGUCAUUGCAUGUCAGAGAAUUCAAACAGACGGGAAACCUUAUGAAUGUGGUGAGUGUGGAAAAGCAUUUAAACUGAAGUCAUAUCUAAUUGCACAUCAGAGAAUCCACACAGAGGUAAAACCGUAUGAGUGUA